GGAAAAUUACAUAUCGAAAAACGUGUUUAAAACGUGAGUGAAUUUGUCGAAGUCAGGUCUAUAGUUCUAUAGUAUUAUGUUAAGAUUGCACCGACAUUUGUACUUGUCGUACAUUGUGUCACAGAAUUCUAUGUAAUUAAAAGAUAUCUAGUAUGAAUCAGUGAGCCAAAAAGUGGAGAAAGAUGUCUUUAUGCUUGCGCAAUAUUCCGAAUAAAGUUGCACCUUUUCUUAAUACACGAAAACAAGUAACGAAAAUCGAUCAUCAUUUACCGAAACAUAUUAAGUCGUCACUGUUUUUAGAAGAGUUUUUAGAUGUACCAGCAACAGUAGUAACAUACACAGCUAUUGAUCAUGCAAAAAGAUCUAUGCCAGCUACUUAUUUUGAUGCUCACACAGAAUGGUUAAGUGUAGUGAAUAAAAAAUUCAAUUGGAAUAAACAGACAACAUGGAUGCAACAGCAAAGAAAAAUAAAUAUUCAAACAGUGAACAGAGAGGAUACUGAUACUGUAAAUGGAUCUGCAUUUAAUAAUAAUUUUCAAUGGUUAGAACCAUAUAUAGAUCGUAGCUGGCUGAAUUCAAAGAAUAAGUCUUGUUUGUCUCACAAUGAGAGACUUUCAAUUAAUAGGAAUCUAGUUAAUUCAAAUUGUUUAGAAGAACAAAGUGUUUUUUACUCCAAGCCAAACCCUAAUGUGCAAAAUGCAGAAGACAAACAACCAUCUGAUAAUCGUAAACCAUCUGAAGAACAAUUGCAACAUAUAUUUAAUUGCCUUAGAGAUGACUUGCCGUUGGUGUUUGUUAGGUCUUUAAAUUAUCGUAUAUAUACACCAGAUCUGGUAUUCGUAAAUAAUAUUAAAGGAACAGUAACUACAGGACUUAAUCAAUAUAUGAAGCAAGUAACAUGGAUAAGACUAUUAGGUCAUCUAAAAUUUGCUUAUGUCAGACUACAGAUUUUAAAGAUGACUAGCCAUCCAGAAGACAGUAGUAUUAAAAUUCGUUGGCGUAUAGUAGGCAUGUCUGGAACACGCGUAUUCCUUACAUUUUGGAAGAUUAAAGCUUGGCAUAUGAAAACUCAUGCGGAAAAUGAUUCGGAUUUAUGGUAUGAUGGUUUUUCUACAUUUUACGUAAAUAACGACGGAAAAGUAUUUAAACAUGUUGUUGAUAAAAUAAUGCCUGAUCAAAAUGAUUUAAUGGAAAAAGUGAAGACUCCUGUUACAGCUAAAUUAGCAUUAAUUAUACCAUUAUUAACUUUGGAUUUUUGUAAUUCCAUCACAGCUUGUUUAGAUAACAAACAUAAAUAAAAUAAAUCGAAAAAAGUAUAAACAUCGUUUCACGUACCAGAACAUAUAACUUAUUUAAACAUGCGUUUUUGAAUAUGUUUGCAAGUUGGGCACACGCAAAUGAGCACAUGUUGCAUAACUUUUUUAUAAUGAUAACACACUAUGAAUAUUAAAUUUCAAACACGUGUUACUGUUAAUUUGUUUUCAUAAAGAUGAAUGAAUGUAAUGAUUAUGUUCGCGUUACUAGAGCUAUGUAAUGAUUACCUUGUCAACAUUUUAGGAAAGUAGAAACAAGAAUAGAUAAAGCAUUCUGUAUGAAAACGUCAAAUUAUAAAUUGUAAUUCAAUUAAACUAUUUAUUAUUGCAAAA